AGCUACUGUAGCUGAUCUCAUCUUGUCACUCAAAGCUCAGAUAGGUCAGCACGACACUCGGUCAAGGUUCACUCUCUCAGCUCACAGCAUGACCCCCUCGACCGAUUCAGAAUCUCAAUGCACCAGUCUCCAUGCUAUCUACUGCUUCGACGUCCUCGUCGCUCAUCAUGGAAAGAGACAACCUAUGCCACCGCCUUUUGACAAUGCCGACGUGUCGUUCGCUCUCUUCGUCACAUGGGACACCACCUCUCGUCUUCGAUCAGACAACAAACCUUCUCUUCGAGGAUGUAUAGGGACUUUCUCACCGUACCCUCUAUCUAAAGGGUUGAAAGAAUACGCUCUGAUAGCUGCUUUACAAGAUCACAGGUUUUCACCCAUCAAGAAAUCUGAAAUGUCAUCCUUAAUUUGCGGUGUAUCCCUCCUCACUCCAUUCAUUCCCAUCUCCGAUCCUCUCGAUUGGACACCAGGCAUCCACGGAAUCCACAUCACCUUUCCCGAUCCAUCCUCUUCAAAUUCCUCUUCGCACUCCACUCCUCAUCCGACCUCGCCGAAUGAAUCGACUCAUGAGAAACCUCACAGGCACAGAAGAACUCUCUCCGCUACAUACCUCCCCGAAGUCUGUUUGGACCAGGGAUGGACAAGAGAGGAAUGUAUACUGAGCGCUAUUCAAAAAGCUGGAUGGAGAGGCAAGGUGAGGGUCGGUGAUGAUGUUUGGAACAGUCUGCAGGUGCAAGUGUAUGAGAGUGUCAAGGCGAAAUGCACUUGGGAGGAGUAUGUAGAGUAUGUGGAGGCAAGGAAAAGUUGAGUUAUUCAUGCUACACGUUUACUGGCUAUGCGCUGCCCUUUUCACACUGGGCGAGUCGGGUGUAGGUCUAGUAGGCAUAUGGGAUUUUCAGGAAGAUAUCAGAGGCGCAUCAGCAAUACAGAUGACAUAUCGUAAAUUGCACUUGUGUAAUGUACAUCAGUGGAUGACCUGUUACGCUAUGCAUGUCGCCAUGUACAGUUU